CGAUGAAAACUCUGGUAACAUUACUCGACAUGGCAUACUGGAACCAGGCCGUGUCUAUAAUCUUACAGUAAUAGCGACCGAUCGCGGCAUCCCACCACUUUCAACCACCACAUUUGCUUUCGUACAUGUUGCUGCACAAAAGGAUUGCAUACCAAAUUUCGAAACUUAUCCAACUGGCAAUAUCGAAAUUGAUGAUAAUUCAGUGGGUGAAAUGAUCGCCGAAGUUCAUGCUAUCGCAUGUGGGGCGGAAAUACUGUAUUCAUUUAACUACGGUAACGCGAGCUACAGUAUGCCCGGAAAGCCAGUGCUAUUCUGGAUGGAUCCAGUUGAUGGGAGUUUAUUUUUGCUGAAAUUUCCGGAAAUGCAUGUCGGACAACGAAUUGAAUUACUUAUUACUGCGAAAACUCUGUCAGGAAACGCUACUGUACCUUUAGUAAUUGUUGUGGCCGAAAAGAAAGAAGAGAAUUCUGGACUAAUUACCGAAUCGCUAAGUAUUCCGGGCACAAUUGCGCCUAACUUAUUAGUAGUGCCAGUAACGCCGGAUCUUUUCAUCGACUGUUCGGACUAUCGGCUUGCUGAAGUGAGAAAAUGCCGUUGCUUAAUGUAUGACAUCUGUAUACUUUGA